AUGCACGAGGAACCGUGGUCGCUGCCUUACCUACCUGCUCCAUGCCUUGGAUUUCGUUCCUCCUUCGUCGCGUCGCUGUUCACUGCGGCAAGGCAGCCACGAGGUCAACUGCCGAGUGAAAAUCACGUUCAUUCGCAAUUAUAUCCUGGGCCAUCUGCUCAAGAUCAUCGGGCGCUGAUCAACUUAGUCCCAACUGUAACUGCAACAUGGCUGUCAUCUCAUGUAGGAUUUUAUUCUAUCCAAUCCCAAGAUAAUAACUGCAAAGAAUUGAAUCUUCAACUACGUAUUAAAUAUCUAGCAAUUUCUGUGAUUAUGUAG